CGCCGUGGAGGGUCCAUCCUCGGCGUGCUCAGCGCGGUGUCCUGAACCGGAGCGGCAUCGCCGCCCGCGUAGAAGUGCUACCCUGCCGCGGUGAGGGCGCGAACGGUCCUGGUGGGUGCCUCCGAGGUGGCCUUGGCUGUGAAUCUCGCGAUUCCUGUGUCGGUGUCCACUGUCUGUGUCAGCCGCGAUACCUCGACUGGUGCUGGCAUCCCGCGAAGCUGACACACUGGUGAGGUACGAGACGAGCCGCUGGUGAUGGUGCUAGUGCCUGAAGCUGGGACUGGGGUCUAGUGUCGAGGACCGUCGUGGCUGAGCGGGGCGGAACCAUGGGAGAGAAGUAUAUGAUAUAUAAGGAACGGCGGCAGCGGAAGCAGCUGGAGUCCGCCCAUGAGAGGUCCACGAGGAGGUUCGUCAAAAUUCUGCAGAUGUCGGACGACGACCGGAUGUCGCUGACGACGGCCGUCAGUGACGAGGAGGAGGAGGGCGAGGCCUCACUGCACGCCUCUCCGUACCGGGUCACCAGGUCGGGCAGCUCCGCAGCCUCCUUCAACUGCACCGGCGCUGUGCGGAAGGCCGGUUUCCUCUCGGUGAAGAAAUGGUUGCUGCGCAAGAAGCACCAGGUGGAGCUGGCGCGCAAGCGUGGCUGGAAGGGCUACUGGGUGUGCCUCAAGGGCACCACGCUGCUCUUCUACCCGUGCGAGUCGCGGGAGGGACGCAGUAUCGAGCAGGCGCCCAAGCACCUAAUCAUCGUGGACGGCGCCAUCAUGCAGUCCAUCCCGGAGCACCCCAAGCGGGAGUACAUCUUCUGCCUGAGCACGGCCUUCGGAGACGCCUACCUCUUCCAGGCGCCGUGUCAAGUCGAGCUGGAAAACUGGAUCAACAGCAUCCACAGCGCGUGCGCGGCGGCGUUCGCGCGGCACCGCGGCAAGACAGGCACCCUGCACUUGCUUCAGGAGGACAUCUUCCGGCUGGAACGGUCCAUCGAGUCGGACUCGAAGCUGAAGCACAUGGCAGACCUGCAGCUGAGCGUGGUCUCGGAGCAGGAGAACAAGCAGGAGAUCACCUCGCAGCUGGCCAGCUACGACGACAGCUUGGAACGGCUGCACUGCGAGCAGUUCCGACUGCGCUGCUACAUGGCCUCGCUGCAGGGCGGCGAGCUGCCCAACCCCAAGGGUCUGCUGACUCACGUCUCUCGCACCACCAAAAUGACGCUGAAUCGGCUCGGCGUCUUCAACGUGUCGUCGUUCCACGCCUACAUCUGCGCGCGCAGCCCGAGCCUGCUGAACAACCUGCUGGCCGGCCGCGGCGCCACCAAGCGGCGCGCGCCGAUGCUGUCGCGCAGCGGCAGCGGGGGCGGCAGCCGCACCUUCAACCAGGACGGCACCGAGGAGCCACAGCGCACGUACCGUGUCCGGGUGCCCGACAAUCAGUUCGUUACUAUUCAUCUGCGGGACAAUAUGACGGUUGAAGAUUUCCUGAUCUCAGCCUCUCUGAAGAAGAACUUGAACCCGAUGGAGCAGUUUGUGAGGGUGAAAAAACGACGCGACAUGGAAAAUACCAACUACUUUGUGCCACAUCACUCAGAUCUCAUCGAUAAUUACCUACAGACGCACGAGGUGUGUGAGGUCUGCACCAAGGUGCUCUUCCAAGUGGAGCUGUCGCGCUCGGCCCUCGACCAGAUGUGGGGCUUCAGCGUGGAGGCCGAGCUCAUCGAGAACGUCGACCGACAGGAUGAGCUCUGCUGCUACAUCUCCCGCGUGGAGGACCGCUCACGGGCAGCACACAACGGCCUCAUACGGGGUGACGAGAUCAUGGUGAUCAAUGGCGCGAUCGUGUCCGAUCUGGACAUGAUGUACCUGGAGUCGGUGCUGCAGGAGGAGCUGGCCCUCUGUCUCAUGAUGCGCUCCUCGAGGACCGAGGUGCCGGACGUGGCCAACCUGAUGAAGUCGACGGACGACAUCAUCGAGCGCCUGGUGUGCCCGCCGCCGCCCUCCGACAACGCCGUCCGGGACGACGACAUUAACAACAUGAUCGUGCCCAGCGUCAAGUCCUGGAGUCGAGAGAAGGCGGACAUUGAGGGCUGCCCUCCGCCGCCCUCGGACACCUCGGACCGCUCCAACGUCUCGUCUGUCGAGAUCGAGAAUCUACUCAAGAGCGCCACCUUGGUGACGGGCUACUGCCGCUCGCCGGCCGACCCGCCGCGCGGGCCCUCGCCCACCUCCAGCAUAGCCUCCAGCCAGAGCCAGACCAUGACGCCCAGCCGGCAUCUGAGCGACGCCGAUAAGCUGCGCAAGGUGCUCACGGAACUGAUCGACACGGAGCGCACCUACGUCAAGCAUCUGAACUCCCUGAUCGACAACUACCUGGAGCCGCUGCGGCGGGAGUCGUUCAUCACGCCAGCCGAGAUCAACGCGCUCUUCGGCAACAUCCCCGACAUCGUGGAGUUCCAGCGCGACUUCCUGCAGAGCCUGGAGGAGGCCGUCGAGAUGGAGCCCAACCUGGGCCGACUGGAGACGCCCACGCAGUUCAAGAACGUGCUAUUCUCCAUAGGCAACGCAUUCUUGUAUCAUACGAAUAGUUUCAAGUUAUAUAGUUCCUUCUGCGCCAGCCAUUCAAGAGCACAAAAAGUCCUCCAUCCAAGUGAAGGCAACCAGCAGCUGCAGCAGUUCCUGCAGCGGCAGAACCCGCGCCAGCAGCACUCGUCCACGCUCGAGAGCUAUCUGAUCAAGCCCAUCCAACGCAUCCUCAAGUACCCGCUGCUGCUGCAGCAGCUGCGAAACCUGGCCGACCCGCAGUCGGGCGAACACCACCACCUGGAGGAGGCGCUGAAGGGGAUGGAGAAAGUGGCCGAGCACAUCAACGAAAUGCAGCGCAUUCACGAGGAGUACGGCGCCAUCUUUGAUCACUUGUUCCGGCAGCACCAGAAGUCAACCAAAAUGGUCCUGCCUGUGGCAUCUCCGGUGGAUUUGUCGCCUGGCGACCUUCUGUACUAUGGUGGGGUGGAGUGGUUGAAUAUAUCGGACUUCCUCGGCAAAAUCAAGAAGGGCCUCGAGCUUCACGCCAUGUGCUUUGUCUUCAAGACCGCCGUCGUCUUCCUCUGCAAGGAGCGACUGAGACAGAAGAAGAAGCUCAUGAGCGCGCCGGGCAAGGGUAACCCUGCCGAGGUGGAGAUUAUCCGGUACCAGGUGCUGAUCCCGGUGACGGAGGUGCAGGUGCGCGCCUCGUCCUGUCGCGACGUAGAGAACCACUACCUCUGGGAGCUUAUCCACCUCAAGUCGCAGAUCCAUCGGCGUAACGAGAAGGUUUACCACCUUUCCAACAGCACAAGCGAUUUCCGGAACGCGUUCCUGAAGACCAUCCGUCAGAUCAUCCGGGAGAGCGUGCGCAACAUGAGCAUCCCGGUCACGAAGGCGGCCAGCACAAGCAGCUACAAGACGGGCACGCUGCAGCCGUCGCGCACGCUCAGCAUGCGGAAGAAGAUGCAGAACAAGGGCCAGCGCCACUCGGCCGGCAUGUCCGCCACCAUUGACUACGACAAUCUGGACGGCUACCACGAGAGUGUAUCGGGGAGUGACACCAACCUGAGGGGGCGCAGCCGCACCAUGGAUGCCUCCGGUCCCGGCCGUCCGGGCGCGGCGGGCCCGACCGGCGGCCAGCGCGGCGACGACGGCUCAGACGUGCGUGACGACACGUCGCGCUCAGACGCCGAGGAGGAGGUGCUGCCGCGGCGGCCCGGCCAGCUGGGCCGCAUCCCCAACCAUCUGAGCCUCAGCACUUCCAGCACGCUGUCGGCGGGCAGCACCGGCAGCCAGGCGCGCCUCAUCCAGGCCAGCAACGCGCCCGAGCACUACCAGCCGCCGCACGCCCGCGCCGCCGGGUCUCCGGUGUGGAAACCGCGCGGUCCGCUGUUCCACGACCCGCGCGCGCUGCCGCCGCGGCCCGGCGAACGCGUCAUCUUUGACGACCACCCGGGCUACGCGCAGCACCCGCACGCGGCGGCGGCCGGCACGCGCAGCAAGGCCGACGCCGCCCGGCUAGCCAGAGCCCGAAUCGAUGCGUUGCUCGAGGAGUUGAGCUCGUUUACCUAGUCAUUUUCGCCUAAUCCUGCAAUCAGUGCAAUUGUGGCACGUGCGUUCUGCUUGUUUGCGCCGCUAGUCUGACGUUGGCGCCCGGUUGGCAGCGCCGCCGGGGUUUUCUGUGCAGUCGCGCGCAUAUAUUUCUCUAUGUGAUAUCCCGAAUUUCGGCAAGCUCCGGCGGCGGCCGGCGCGACGUUUGUUGUAGGCUUAGACGCGCAGACCUGUGUGCGGCGUCGGAUAUACAUAUACGACUCGAUUAGCUUUAAGGUCCUGAGUUUGUGCCAAACGGAGGACGCGAGCUACGGGUGCUCCCUGUAUUGACGGGACUGGGCGGCGCCUCAUUGCGACAGGAGAGGGCCCCCGGAUGGUUGCAGCAUUCCAUUGGUGUAUUAUCUUCUUCCAGAGUAGGCAUGUGUAGCUGGUUUUCUAUCCUUUGCUAUUGUUUGUUAAUGAUUGCGGUUAGUACGUAAGAUGCCCUGUGUUCGAUUUGACGCUCCUGUUCGGUUGACAGGGUUUCCUGCGAGAGAGUGAGUGUGGCGAACCAUGCGAUCUAGAACAGUAGCGUACUUGUUAGGAUACCCGGUUGGACCGCAGCCGCACCGUUUCCCGGAAAUUCAGACCCUGAAAUAUUUUAAUACCUUAUCGUCCCCUGUUUCGAGGACCGCCGACCGCGUCGCGCCCGGGGGCAAUUCACCUUGUACCAUCGCGGCGCGCGUUCAGAGUUUGGUUCUUGUGCACUCACCACAUCUUCGGAGGGCCACCUUUUCUAUUGUUUGGUUCGUGCUCAAUAAUCUCAGCAUCUAGUCGUAACUUACCGUGUAUGACAUCUGUGUGAGUCAACUACCAGACAAUUAUGGGUUCAAUAAAUUUUCCAUGUAACUGUC